UCUCUCUCUAGUAGAGCGAGCGUGCGGGGCAGAAUGACGUAAGACGGCCUUCCACGUGCCCGCCCUCGUCGCUGCGGCGCGGGCCGCGCGCCGCCGCCGUCGCCGCGCGUGUAUCGCCUCUCCGCGUAACCUUAACGCUUUAAUCGAGUUUUUCCCCGCGAAUGUGCCAGAAUUAUCGCGCACGUUACACACAUAUAUCGUGUGUCACGCUGCGUGAUUUUCAGCACCGUCGGCGAAAAGCGCAAAAUAGAUGACUUGGGACGUCCGGCGCGGGCGCGCUCGUGCGCGCGCGUUAAUCAUCACCGACACGUGCCGGGGCUUGGAAAAAAAAAGAAGAAUCACAUGUUUAUACCGCGGUGCCUCGGGUAUGCCUUUCUGAAAGAAUCGUACGAGAGAUUACGUAUGCCGCGCAGCUGAGUGGCGCGACUAUUUAUCUGUUAUGAUGGAGGCGAGUACGAGGAAACUCGCUGUCGUCAUAUGGAUAUAUCUAGCUCGAUAAACCUUACGGUCUUAAUAACGGAACGUGUGAGUUUCGCGGUAGAAUUGCGGCGUGAGGUUCGGGACAGAACGCGCCGAGACUUUCAGGGAUAAGCGCCCGAGACACCUGGCAAAAAAGGAUUCUCACGUCGAGAAUGGCGCCGACUAUUUGCGUAGCGGAGUUCCCGAUGGCGGGUACCGCCGUUAGCACGCUCGCUCCCCGCCAACAAGGACCCGACGACGACACGACAUGGCGGAUAUUCGCGUUGCAGGAGUUACUGCGGACCGGGACGAUCGUCGAGGCGUAUCUACCGCCCGACGAACAUUGCUCGCAGAGGCUCGCCUGCGCGGAUACGGCUCCGAACUGUUCCGUCGCCGAGGCGGACGGAAGCGGGGAGCGUACGGCGUAUGCGGACGAGGGCUACAGGAAAGAUCUCCUGAGCAUCGUCAUACGCACGGUAACACUCGUACGGCGCAAUCGUAUCCUUCAGAGGCAGCUGGACGCGUUGCAGGCGGAAACGCGACGGUACCUCAGCUCCGCGCUGAACAAUCCGGAAGGUCAGCAGCGAAGAACGCAAGCGGAAGACCCGUCCUCCGCGGAGGGAGCCGUGCCGGCGUUAUCGCCACCGCGCGAUCCGGCGUCGGCGAGAAAUUGGUCUCGCGUGGUCACCUUCGGCCGCAGUGAUUGCGACAGCACCGAGGACGAGUCAAGUUUAUCUGACAAAUCCGAAGAUUCGGACUGGGGCGAGUGUUGAUCUUUCCGUACCCGGAGAUUGAUGACUCCUCAAUCGGCGCGCGAAUAGGCAAGUGAGUCAUUUAGGCGCCCACUCUGCGUAUCGUAGACACGUGUUUGACCUUAGUACCUUAUUAAAAUAUAUUUUAAUAUACUUCUCUUCGGGAGGCUCCGAGCAUGCAGACUCGUUUCUUGUUCUGCGUAAUGUAUUAAAAAAAAAAACUGACAAAUGUAUUCCUUACCGCGUCACUUCCCUUACAGAAGGGACCCAGGGAGAAAUGACUCGAAUCGACAUCGGAGUCGUCGAAUUGAACGAUGUCGAAUCGACGAAUCGUUUCUCACUGGGGAAAUAAUUACUAGAAAAUACAUAAGUAAUUUCUAAUGAUUUAAUUACUGAACUCUAGUGAUUGUUCAGUGCUGUUUUCGUUCCCCGUGUAUAAACAUGUAUUUCUGUAAGGGUCCGCAGGGUCCCAAUGUCUAGAACUCGAUUAUCGUUAGUUUUCACUUACCGGGCACUAGAGAAUUUACGGAGAGUGAACUCGCGACACUGUCCCUUCGUGAAAUUCGCGAUUUCUUCAUUCGCUGCUGGAGAAAUCGGCAUUAAUCAUUCCCGAAACUGUGAAUUGAGAUUGAACGGCUUUUCGGAAAUUAAGGUUUAGAGGCUAACAAUUGACGGGUUUGAUAUUCGCGGAUAACAAUUGAAAGGACAAUCUGUCACGCAUUACUGAAGGUAAAGUUAAGAGAGUUUUGAUUUGAGGUUCGAUUAAAAGAAGACGCCGAAUAUUGGAACGUAAGGGAUCGAGAGCGAUGACGUGCCUCGAUGGUAUCGACGAAAAGAAAAGUGACUUCCUACUACUUCCAAUCCUACGGAGGAAGCAAUGUUAUAUGUCCAGUUUUUGGUCCUAUUCUAGGACGCUCUCUCCGCCUUCGUAUUCGCGCGCGAUAUCUAUAGAGCGAUAGAGAUUUCACUGAACAAAUAGAUUGCUUCGUUAACAAGUUCGAUCUGAAACUUUAGACUAAAGAGUUUAAUGCUGCGAUGAGAUAUGUCGAAGAGAUUCCGACAAAGGGACAGAGAGGGGAAGGAAAGAGAGAGAGAGAGAGAGAGAGAGAGAGAGAGAGAGAGAGAGAGAGAGAGAGAGAGAGAGAGAGAGAAAAAAGAGACGAGCGACUUCUGUGCGCGACCCGAGUAGAAAAAGUUAGUCACAAGAACGUCAAUUAAAAUGAUAAAUUUCACGUCAUAAAUUUAAGUGAUCGACAAGAUUUACUUUGCAAUGACUGAUUUAUGACAUGCUGUUUUAUGCUAUUCGUGAUGUGUAUAAUAAUAUGUUUUAUUACAGAUUACAUGAACAGUCAUAUAUUAUGUUGAUCUUAUAUUACUUCAAUUUAUUUUUAAUGUACAGUAUUCAAUUAGCUUUGCCUUGCAAAACAAGAUCAUAUUUACAACAUUUUGAUGUCUUAACGAUGUCACAAAUAGGUGCUCUCGGUGGGCUACUUUGACGUCACCGUGAUGCAUAAAAAAUGAUCCAAAAAUGACGUCAUCUUGAUGUCUUCGUGACUAGUAUGUUCUACUUGGGUAACUGGAAGAUACAUCUUCCGAUUGUGUGAAAUAAGGAAGAUCCCGGCGUAAUCGCGUCUUAUCACACAAUUGCGCCGAGACAGAGCGAGGAGAAUUAUUCUUGGAUUUUAACAUAUGCAGGCAGAACUCGCGCGCACUCUUUUCCCAACGCAGCGGCUGCUUCCUCGCUGCUUCAGAUAUCGUGACAAGUGAGAUCGUUCCUCUCAGACGAUUUAAAAUUAACCGAGUGCCGGCGAUUAGAAGCGGUGAGGUACUGUGUCGAGUAUCAAGUUUAGAUGUUGCAAGUAAUCCUUGAUUAAACGUUAGACACUUAUUAAACGUUUAGAUGGCACGAGCAUUUAAAAGAGUGUUAAUAUAAUCGCUUCGAGUAGUGUAAGAUGCGAGAAGGACGCCAUUAAUUAAUCUGGCUCAUUAGGAUGCUGGCAAUUAAGCUAUCUUCACGUGAUCCUUCAUCGAGAGGUAGAAUGGAUGUUGCGAAAAUCAGUCUGCUAUCAACGAUGCCAAUUAAUGACGAAGUAAAGGAACGAAUGAUAUAUUACAACGUGACACGCAGUUCAAGAGCGUCGGCUUAUAAGUUAUACGUUAAAAGCAUUAAAUAAUCAGACACUUUCGAUGCUAAUUUGCGAAUUGAUGUCUGCUCAUCGCAGAUUAGAAUGGAAUAAUUGCAGAAACGUUAUAUUGCAUUCCCAACUAUGUGUGCCAUUCAGUAACAUUUAUUGUAUCUUGGAAUGUUACUAACAGUAGUCCUGAAACUCUCGGAGGAAGGGUUACAUGAAUAGAAAAACAUUAUAAUGAAUGAAGAAGAUACAUUCAACUAAAGAACCCGCUGAAUAAAGCUUUAGCCGACCGCCGAUUUAAAUUAGAAAAAAAUAUUGUGAAGCUUUCAACUGAAUUUUCAUUAUUUCCAAUCUCCAUUGGAUGAAAUUGACUUUAAUUAUAGUCAGCCUUUAUUCAAAGAAUCGAGGUUUCCGUUAAAUGGCUGGUAUUUUGAAAUCGAAGCGAUCUACAGGGUCAUGAUGUUACAAUUCUCGUAGCAUUUGCAAAUCCUUGUAACGUUACUCGUACAACAUUCUUUUGCUGUGUAAUCACAAUAUUAGAAUCAAGUUGAAAAAUUUUCUCUCGGAUUUCCGAAGUAGCGUCAGAAACAUCUGAUCUAACAAUUUUAACAUUAAUAGAGCGUACCCCGUUACUGUUAUAUGGCUGUGAAGUUUAUAUUUGCACCCUCAUUAUCUUCUUUGCAAUAUUUUACCUACCUUACGUGGCUGCUUGGUCGAACGGAUUUUCUGUGACAUACUAAAGAUUUUCGCAAUUUUACGCGAAAAUUUUAGCUUAAUAUGUGCGCGACAAUUGUCAUAAAUAAUCACGUAAUCAUUAACUCGUCGAAGAAAUGAAUUCUUCCUAUGAAAAAGAAAAAGCGAUUGAUAUUCGCGCAGAACUUAACACCAGGUCACAAUGACGUGUGCUUAAAUCCAGUCGUAUAAAUCUCUCGAUGCUCUUGUAAAUACAGUCUAUUACUUUUCAACAUUGACUACUUUUUGUUUCAUGAAAAUUGUAAGCUAGGAUCAUCCGAUUACACGCAGCGGUUCGUAUUACGACGUAAUGCAUUACGAUCAUAAAAUAAAUAAGGGUUUGUUACUUGUGAAAAAGAUAUCAAAUCUCUUAUAAAAGUAUGCAAGUCUCUUGCAAAAGUGUGCGUAUAAAAGUAUGCGAAAUUAUUGGAAAUUUUAAUUUCAAUUUCAAUCCGAUGGUUAUUCCGUGAGUUUAGCUAUUGCAAACGGUGAUGUAUGUGUAAUAUGUAUCUGUAAAGAAGAAAUUUGACAUCUUUUUCACAAGUAACAAAUCCUUAUUUAUUUUAUGAUCGUAAUGUAUUUUGAGAUAUCUACAUAAUUAACGAAUUGAAAGCAAUGUUAACACCGCAUUUAAUCUACUUUAGAAUUGUGUGAUAAAAUCAUAGUUACAUACAUAUAUAUUUCAGGGAUAUAAUUAAUAAUUUCAUAUAUAUAUGUAUAUAUAUAUAUAUAAGUCAUGUGAUAAAUAUCCUUUUAGCAUUAUUCAAUCAAACUGUACGCGAAUAGAGAGAAAUUGUGCCUAAGGUGCAUGUACGCGCUACUUUCCAAUCACUGGAGCAAUACAAAUAUAUAUCUAUAAUAAGCGGCGUUUAGAUAAUAUUUAGAUUCAAUGUAGCGAUUAGAGCUAAUGUCCAACGUAAUAUUUACUGUAUUUAUAAUAGAUAAGAAUAUUUUACUGUCGACAUGAUUACAAAGUAUUUUAUGAAUUUGAUCUUACAUAUGACGGAUAUAUGUGUGCGUGUGUGUAUUUGCGCGUAUGUGUGCAUGCGCGAAAAUAAAUUCAUCAUAAAAACAUUUACAAAUAAUGUCUUGUCAUAUCAUUGUGCUUAAUUAUUUCUAAUAUCGCUGUCGAAAAGAACGGAAUCAAAUAUUGUAAUAAGAGAUUAGUAUUUAACGGAGCAAUAUACAUUGUAUAUCAAUAUAUUUUGUAUAGCUUGUGUGACUUAAAAAUAAUUGAGAGCGUAUGUAUACUUGGUACAUAUAUUGCAUCCCCCCCUCACUCAGAUUCUUUACAGGAAGAACGGAAUUUUUAUUACUAUACAAAAUUUGAACUCGGUUAUAAGUGAUGGCUAUAUUACCGCAACAAAGUUAUAUAUGUGUAUAUAUGUAUAUAUAUGUAUAUAUAAUAAUUUAUUUACACCUUUCAAUUUUUCAC